AUCUCUGAAGACCAUGACCAAGAAAAGAAUCGCUGUGAUUGGGGGAGGAGUAAGUGGGCUGACUUCUAUCAAGUGCUGUCUGGAAGAAGAUUUGGAGCCUGUCUGCUUUGAAAGGACUGAUGACAUUGGAGGACUGUGGAGGUUCCAGGAGAAUCCUGAAGAAGGAAGGGCCAGUAUUUACAAAUCAGUGAUCAUCAAUACUUCUAAGGAGAUGAUGUGCUUCAGUGACUAUCUCAUCCCAGAUCAUUAUCCCAACUUCAUGCACAACUCCCAGAUCCUGGAGUACUUCAGGAUGUACGCCAAAGAAUUUGACCUUCUCAAGUACAUUCGAUUCAAGACCACUGUAUGCAGUGUGAAGAAGCGGCCUGAUUUCUCUACCUCAGGCCAAUGGGAUGUGGUCACUGAGUGUGAAGGGAAAAAGGAGGUGAAUGUCUUCGACGGAGUCAUGGUUUGUACCGGCCAUCACACUGAUGCUCACCUGCCCCUGGAAAGCUUUCCUGGGAUCAAGAAGUUCAAAGGACAGUACUUACAUAGUCGAGACUAUAAGAACCCAUUGAGCUUCACUGGAAAGAGAGUCAUUAUAAUUGGCAUUGGAAACUCUGGAGGGGAUCUGGCUGUAGAGAUCAGUCACACAGCCAAGCAGGUCUUCCUCAGCACCAGGAGAGGGGCUUGGAUCCUGAAUAGAGUAGGGGACCAUGGGUAUCCUAUUGAUACAUUAUUCUCUUCUCGAUUUCAACAUUAUUUGAAGAAUAUACUUAGUGAAUCAUUCAUAAACACAUAUAUGGAAAAAAAGAUGAAUCAAAGGUUUGACCAUGAAAUGUUUGGCCUGAAGCCUCAACACAGAGCUAUGAGUCAGCAUCCCACAGUAAAUGAUGACCUGCCGAAUCGCAUAAUUUCUGGCUUGGUGAAGGUGAAAGGAAAUGUGAAGGAAUUCACAGAGACGGCUGCCAUAUUUGAAGAUGGCUCCAGGGAGGAUGACGUUGAUGCUGUUGUUUUUGCCACAGGCUAUAGCUUUGCCUUUCCUUUUCUUGAUGACUGUGUCAAAGUGGUGAAAAACAAAAUAUCCCUGUAUAAAAAAGUCUUCCCGCCUAACCUAGAAAAGCCAACUCUUGCAAUCAUAGGCUUGAUCCAGCCCUUGGGAGCCAUUAUGCCUAUUUCAGAGAUUCAAGGACGCUGGGCAACUCAAGUGUUUAAAGGGCUAAAGACAUUGCCUUCACAAAGUGAAAUGCUGGCAGAUAUAGCUAAGGUUCAAGAGAAAAUAGAUAAAAGGUAUGUGGAGAGUCAACGCCAUACUAUUCAAGGAGACUAUAUAGAAACAAUGGAAGAGUUUGCUGAUCUGGUGGGAGUCAAGCCCAAUGUGCUGUCCUUGGCCUUCACUGAUCCCAAGUUGGCAUUUCACUUAUUAUUCGGACCCUGUACUCCAGUCCAGUAUCGUCUUCAGGGGCCUGGAAAAUGGGAUGGAGCACGGCAAGCUAUCCUCACUACAGAUGAUCGUAUCAGGAAGCCUCUGAUGACAAGAGUAGUUAAAAAGAAUAAUUCUGUGACCUCAACAAUGACAAUGGUUAAGGUUAUGCUGGCUAUUGCCUUCUUUGGUAUAGUACUGGCCUAUUUUUAGUUGUCCUGUUAUCAUUGCUCCUGUUUUUACUGGGAAGCUGGUUCUUGAUACCUUUAGAACCUGAAGAAAUUGAAGAACUCUCAGAUUCACAUCACCCAGAAACUUACUUUUCUUUUUCUUUCCAUAGCAUUAAUCCUCUUUCCUUUUUCCCCUAUAGUGAAAUCACCCAGUUUUUCAUUCAGAUUAUCUCAACUCCCUUCCUCUCAACACUCUUUCUUCACCUUUCCCUUCUAGUAAUCCCUAGACUGUGAGCUCAGGGACACUUUCAGUCAUCCUAUAUGUCCUUAGCAGA